GAGACAAUGCAUCACCUCCUGCUAAUCUUUGGGAUUUUUCACCUCCCUAAAGUUGCCACUCUGAAGUGUUAUGAGUGUGCAGCAGGAAGCUCAGGUUCCUGCAUUGACGCAACAAAAGAGUGCCCCCCACUGGCGGAUCAGUGCGGUGCACUCAGACUAAUCGUAUACGGUGGUACGUUAUCAACCUGCGAUGAGGUGAUUGCGGAUGUCAAUGGCAAAAGCUGCACUUUUGCUGAUCACUGUGUAGAAGUCUCAGUCAAUUUCGGCGCGACCAGAACCAUCUUCACCAACAGGUGUUGCACCACGGACCUCUGCAACAGUCUGCCAGCACCCGAUAUCAGCAAGUCCAGGCCCAAUGGUAAAAAAUGCUUCAGUUGCAACGGGCUGCAGUGCACCACCUCUCUAGACUGUCAAGGCAACGAGCAUUACUGCGUCACAGCGAUUGUGGACGUCAAGGGCCAGAGCAGAACCAUGAGGGGUUGUGCCUCCAAGCAAAUGUGCUCUAAUACGCAACAACUGGCAGCACUCAUAGGAGCGCAAGUCAGCUGCUGUGAGGGCGACUACUGCAACAGUGGUAACACACAAAGAGCUGCUGGUCUCCUCCUAGUGGCCGCAACGCUGCUCUCUUUGGUGAUGUUACAUUAACCCCACACACAUCGACGUAGGCACCACACUGAAUGUAUGAAAGGAUGCAGGGCUACUUUUCCAUUUUCUAAAGCAUCCCAUGUAAUAUGCAAAGAUGUUUUUAUAUUGAAAGAAAAAAAGAGCUUCUUACCUUACCUUACACUUUUUACUAAUUUUUCCCUCAUUUUAUUUUCACAAGUAUUUCAGCUUAAAUCUUGCACAUUUUUUCUUCUAAUAUUAUGCCUUUGUUUUCAUAUUUUGGCCUUGUUAUUGUGGAGUUUGCAUGUUCUCCCCGUGCGUGCGUGGGUUUUCUCCGGGUACUCUGGUUUCCUCCCACAUUCCAAAAACAUGCAUGUUAGGUUAAUUGGAGACUCUAAAUUGUCCAUAGGUAUGAAUGUGAGUGUGAAUGGUUGUUUGUCUAUAUGUGCCCUGCGAUUGGCUGGCGACCAGUCCAGGGUGUACCCCGCCUCUCGCCCGAAGUCAGCUGGGAUAGGCUCCAGCAUACCCCCUCGACCCUAAUGAGGAUAAUCAGCAUAGAAAAUGGAUGGAUGGACGGAUGGCUUUAUUAUUGUAAAAGUUUUACCCAGCCUAAUUUCCCUAAAAUUGCAACUUUGUUUGUUUUGUUUGUUUCUCAUAAUAUUAGCGCUGUUAAAAAAAAAAAUUAUCACAUUUUUAUCCUUUAAUCUUCAAAUUUGAUGCUAUUUUUUCUCUUAACAUUAUGACUGUAUUCUGCUUAUAGUUUGUCUAUUCUCGGAAAAUGACUGCUCUUUUUUUCCAUUUUUGCUGGGUUUUUUUGUUUUCCUGUUUAACUGUAUUUUUAAAAUGUGCCGAGGGUCACAAAAAAACCCAAAAAAAACCCAGCCUCUAUUGCUUUUCCUUUCUGUUGGAGAAAGAGAAAGCAAAACCCAGACAUGCCACUUCCUUUGGACCCGCUUUCAAGUGUACAAACGUGUGACAGAUAUAAUGGUAGCAUCUCAACCUAACUUUAGUUUUGAAAUAAAAUAGCACCCUGACAUAUUUACAAUUCCAACAAUGUGUCACAUUUUGUUCUUCCUGUUUUGAUUGUGAAUAGACUUUUUAAACACCUCAUUCUCAGUUCCUAUUUGCUUCCUUUCUCAUCAGCGACUUUUAUUUGAGCUCAUCGCUUUUUGUUUUGCAAAAACAGAAGCAUUUGUAUCACUUCUAUAUUAAAUUGAUAGGACACAAAGCAAGUACUACAUACUGUGCGUGUCUAUGGUCACGAAUUAGGACUUGUUGAGUCUUCAGCAGUUCCCAUACACGUUGAGGUCUGCUGUAUUUUCAUAGUCGUCAGCAUCAGUCAGGUCCUGUGAUGAAUUUCGAGUUGUUACUGUCACAAAAGUGGAUGGUGUAUGUUUUUAGGAGUACAACAUUUCUACAAAUAUUACCUCUUUGUAAUUGUAGGAUUUGGGCUGGCUGUUUCCCCAUAACAGGAAGACAGGAAGAAAACAGUUUUAAAAAUACCAUUUAGUUUUCUGUGUUAUUUUUCAGUCAAUUUAAUGAAUGUUACCUUUUAGGAGAUGGUACAAAAGGUUUGCAGAACUUCGGUCCAGCAGCAGAUUUGGAACUACUGGGCCUGUAGGUCGCAUUUAUGUGACUUUACUAUAAGACUGCUUAGCAGAGGUGAGAGCAAGUCAGUGUUUUGCAAGUCUCAAGUCUUGAAUCUCAAGAUGUCAAGUAAAGACGUGAAAGUCCAAGUCAAAUCAUAGACUGGAAAUUUUCAAGUCCUUACA